AUUCAUCAGAAUCAACAUGGUGGACGGAUGAGAAAAAUAAUAUUUUGAUCGAUAAGAAUACGUCAAUUGACAGUAUUAGCCGACAACUGCAGAUGGGUUGACUAGAGGCUAUCCUUUAGAACAUAACCACAUCUCGAAAGUCAAGAAUCCCCUAAUAUUAUUCAGUCAGAAUGGAGGACACUGAGAGCGUAGCGUGUUCUCACUGUGACACGCCGGUGCACAGACAGUGGUUAGUGGAUCACGUGAAGGAGGAACUCCUGAGUGAUACCUUGUCUCACCACUGCAGCCUUUGUUCAGACAUUCUACAGACCCUGACUGACUUGCUGUGUGCCGUGCACCAGUACAGACACCUGAAAACACCUGUCAUCAACAUCACCUGCUCCAGGUGCUCUUUCAAGGCUGGCAGUGUGGAAACAUUUGUGGAACAUCUACAGAUGUGGUGCGAAACAGAGAGGGAUGGAAUUAAACCUGGUCCAUGUGCAUCACCCACUCCUACUGAGCACACUGGCUAUGCAUAUAGGGAAUGCAAUCUGCCAAACAAUGAUAGCAAAGAAGACAAGGGGGAGGGAGGUACUUGUGAGAAGACAGUUGGUACGAGGGAUGAGAAGAUGGGUGAUUGGGAUGGACAGCAGUUUCAGCAGAUGAUGAGCUUAUUGUUGACAGAUACAUCAGGAAAGGGGCACUUAAGAAAGAGCCCUAAGCAAGAUGUAGGACAAUAUAAUAGCAAAGUGACCAUUGACACAACUUCAGUUUGUGAGAACGAUAAAAAAGAAACUGGUACCCAACAAGGUAUGACAUGGGUGGGAUUUAAAGAACAAACUUCUUACCAUGAAAACCAAGAUGCCAUUGGCCAACAAUGUAUUAACUGUGAAGGAUAUGAUAAACAAAUAUCCAAAUCAUGUCAGAGAAGGGAAGAAUGCCAAGAAGCAAGAGGAUCUAGUAGAUUGUUCCCACCUCACAAGACAGGAAAAUGCAGAAGACUGAACUAAGCAGUGAUUGUAAUAAGGACCAAUGCAUUGCAGCAAACAGAAAGCAAAACAAGACCAAGAAAGUUCUCUUGAAUUGUCAUCUAUGCAAUCACUCGAGCCAGAGAAAGGACCAACUUGAGUCCCACAUUCUUGAGACCCAUGGAAAAGUGGAGUACAAGUGCUACAGUUGUACCUUCAUUGCAAAAAGUCCCAGAAACCUACAACGACAUCAGCUGAUUCACCAAAGAAUACAUAAAUGCAGGUACUGUGACUUUACUACACGCUGGCAGAACAGCCUGGUUCUACAUGAGAGACGUCACACGGGAGAAGGCAUGAUGAAAUGUGAACAUUGUGACUACGUCACUCCUGACAAAGAUGGCCUCCUCAGACAUCAAAUCAAACACAUAGGAAAAAAGCCGUUUGUAUGUGGACACUGCAACAAGGCGUUUGCCCGCAAGUGUGAGCUGAAGCGUCACGAGCUUCGUCACGCCGGGAUCAAGAGUGCCAUGUGCCACAUCUGUGGAGACACGUUCCAACAGAACCAGAGCCUGGUGCACCACAUCCAGGCACAGCACCACGGCCUCAAGGUGUACAAGUGUGACCAGUGUCCAUUUGAGAGUGGAUACUAUUCUUCUCUUUUGACACACAGGCGGGCCUAUCACACAAAUGAAAAGCCGUAUAGGUGUGAGUUUGAAGGCUGCAACUAUGCGUCAGCCAGCACGUCACAACUUAGAGUACAUAGGAGAAAACAUACAGGAGAGAAGCCAUUUAAGUGCACGAUGUGUAACUAUGCCUCUGCUGACAGUGCUGGACUGCGUAAACAUGUGAGGAGACACUCCAACCUGCGGCCCUACAAGUGUAACAUGUGUGACUUUGACACCAAGCACAGUUUCCUCCUCAGAAAACACAAAGAGACCGCACACAACGUCAUGACCAACUGUAAAUACAAUCCGCGUCAGUGGUCUUCAAUGGUCACCACAGAUGUCAAUUCUACAAAACAAUAACAGAGUGCCAAUGGAUGUUUUUGAUCAAGAUUUAAAGACUUUAGAAAACCA